AUGCCUUUCAAUCGUGCUUUGGACCACAUUGCGGAUUGCUUUCAGGUGACAAAAGAGAAGAUGUUUGGGGCUGUCAUGCUGUUGGACAACAACUGCACAGCGUUUGAGCGCAUCUGGUGUAUUUUUGAAGGCUGGCGUUGUAGCGAGCUUGGCGUCCCCUUGCUUGUGUUCUCCCCUCAAGGCCGGCUGAGUCGGAUCUCUGAUUCGGAGCAGUCACGUGAGAUGGCCAAGAAGGUCUCUAACAUUGACGCUGAACGCGCCGUGUGCUCUGAAAUGAGAGACAAGCUCAUGAUCGACUCUGCCAUUGAGACGAUACCUGGGAGGUUCACGACGGUAGUAGCAAAGUUCCGGCUCCAGGUGCUGGACGUCGCCCCCUUCGACGAGCCGCAGGCCGUAGUGCGCGCUCCUGCUCCAGCCGCAGGAGGCUACUACAGCGGGCCUGCGCAUGGUGCCCUGAGAGGCUCAGGGCAUCCCUAG